GGAAGAGAACGCGCCUGGAAACUCGUGACACUUUCUUCAUAAAUGUGAACCAGGAACGACAGUUUGAGCAGAGAAGCAGAGAUGAUGACACGGACUGACCGAGGCAUGAUGUUGCCGAGCCUGCUGCUCGUGUCCCUGUGUGUCGGCGCUGUGUCCAUGCUGGACAGCCAGCUGGACUUCCACUGGGAGAUGUGGAAAAAGACGCAUGAAAAAAGUUACCGCAACCAGGUGGAGGAUGUGCACCGCCGGGGAUUGUGGGAGAAGAACCUGAUGCUCAUUACCAUGCACAACCUGGAGGCCUCGAUGGGGUUUCACACCUACGAACUCGGCAUGAACCACAUGGGAGACCUGACAGAAGCGGAGAUCCUGGAGUCCUACGCCACACUCACUCCUCCUGCUGACAUGCAGAGGGCGCCAUCUCCCUUCACAGGCACAUCAGGCGCUGAUCUUCCAGACACCAUGGACUGGAGAGAAAAGGGCUGCGUCACCAGUGUCAAAAUGCAGGGUUCCUGUGGCUCUUGCUGGGCCUUCAGCGCCGCGGGGGCCCUCGAGGGCCAGUUAGCCAAGAAGACAGGGAGACUGGUGGACCUGAGCCCACAGAACCUGGUGGACUGCUCUAGUAAAUAUGGCAACAAAGGUUGCAACGGCGGCUACAUGCACCAGGCCUUCCAAUACGUCAUUGACAACCAGGGCAUCGACUCAGACGCUUCGUAUCCCUACAAAGGACGGCAACAAAGUUGCCAGUACAACCCUGUUAAUCGCGCCGCCAACUGCUCUCAGUACGAAUUGCUGCCUCAGGGCGACGAGGGGGCUCUGAAGCAGGCGCUGGCCACCAUCGGACCAAUCUCGGUAGCCAUUGACGCCUCGCGACACACAUUUGUUUUCUACAGGAGCGGGGUCUACGACGACCCAGGGUGCUCCAAGAGGGUGAACCACGCCGUGUUAGCCGUGGGCUACGGCACAGACAGUGGAGAGGAUUACUGGCUGAUCAAGAACAGCUGGGGAAUCUCUUUUGGAGAGUCGGGCUACGUCCGGAUGUCACGCAACAAGGACAACCAGUGUGGCAUCACUCAGUACGGCUGCUAUCCCAUCAUGUAGCCAGAAUGAUUUCACGAGUCCCCCCCCUACAUGUUUCAGUUCUAAAUAAAAGUAGAGAUGUAAUGACAGGAGGAGCAUGUUAAACCCCUUUUCCACUGUAUUGGAAAACCAACCUCCUGUGUAGAAUCAAAUCUGUGCGACAACAACAACGCCUCCAGUAAACCAAUGAAGCACGCUUUGGUACUUAAAUUCUUUGUUUUGAACCUGUGAAACUGACAUGUUUUCCUCUCAGAGAUGCUUUCCAGUGUUUUGAUGAUGCACAGAUUUGGCCAUCAGGUCCUUUCACAUCUGCUGAAAACGCAGUGAAGGUGAAUUGAGCUGAUUUCCCCAUCAGUGUCUCGAGGCCUCGUCUGUUAAACCUGCCAUAAAACCGUCUGAGAGGAAACCAUUGACGUGGGGGAAAUUGGUGCGUUGGUCAAUUUAGCAUUUACAUGUUACGAGGGAGAAACCAAAAUCAAUACCUGUGUCUGCGGUAAAUAUGUGUCCUGUGCAGGUUUACGGUACCGAAAAUCUGUCGUUGGGGGGGAAAUUGGGAGGCUUUCAUUCCCAGUGACUGGAUUGCAAGAUGCUUUUAGUACUCGCAGUCGUUUACACAAGAUUUAUUUGUAUUUGUUGUAAAUCAUCAUCGAAAUGGAUGACAUUAGGUGUGGAAAUGGCAUUAAACAUUGUAAUAAAUGAAAAAAAGACUCUAUAUUGUGCACAAACUUGCUCUUAAGAGUACAGUCACUACACUUUGUGAAAAUUAUGUGUUGGCCUUUCAAAGAAAUCCACACUAUUGCCUCCAGCAAGGUCAGAAUAAAGUCAGCAGAGAGCA